AUGGGCAUCCCGCUGGUCGGCUGUGCCAGCUACCGGCUGAACCUCGCCGUUCGAACACUGCUCGAGCCGCGUGAAGCCGAUCUGGAGCAAGUCCAGUCCCUCAUGAAGCGCCUUCGGACAUUGACUCAGGCAGCCAAGUUGCGUUUGAAGACGUCUCUCAGGCCGAAGCUGCGCCAGGAGACGAGGUGGGGAUCGACCUACGCUAUGCUUGCACGCUACUUCGAUCUGCGCGAGUUUAUCAGCGCUGAUGACGAAGACCUCGCCGAGUUGAUGCCAUCUCCCCUCGCCGAGUUGAUGCCAUCUCCUGCCGCGAACCGGCGAUUGAAAGCACUAUUGUUCGAGUUGGCAGAUGUCGAGUCGGUUUCGAUGAAAUUGCAAUCCGUGGAGCUUAACCUGUUGGAUGCGCGCGACCUACUUGACGGGCUGCUAGAGGUAAAGCCAAGCUUCUAUCGCUAUUUUGCCCCGAACGCUGACAUCGUCGCUGCUCCCGAGUUCGAGAGCGCCGUGAUCAAGGUCCUGGAGGGACAAGCGAAGCAGCUUUCGCUAGGUGAAAAGGCUGCGCUAAGAUCGUUUGAACGACAGACCACCAUAGCUGCGACCGCGGAGACGACCAAAAUGAGGUUUGCGGACAGGAUUUUGAAGCGCAGGAAGGUUCAAGAUGACACGAGCGCGUACGGCCAGCUGGAUGCCAUCCCGUCGACGUCCAAUGCAGCUGAACGGCUGUUCAGCAUGGCGCGAAUGGUGCUCCGGUACGAGAGGAACCGUUUGUCACCGCUGAUGCUAGAGAUGCUGUUGUUUUUGAAGAUGAACAGCAAGUACUGGGACGUCACGACGGGUUGA